AUGGGUACCUGUACGGCCUCCCAUUGCUGCUGUCUCCAUCGCCACACUCUGCCAUGUGCCACUUUCAGGUCUCCUCACACUGCUGGUGGGUUCCAUUUUGUCAUAGGGUUGCUGUAUGGCCUCCCAUUGCUGCUGCCUCCACCGCCACACUGUGGCUCCAAACACUGGUUUUGGGCCCGUGACUGGCCAAAUGAGUGAAGUGUGCGGUGAUUCUAAGAUCGACGGCACUCAUCUGCAUGUCAUACUGACUGACAGUAUUAUUUCUCUUCCCCAGCAGACUCCAAGGGCAUUUAAAUUAAAGGUACAGUGUUCUGCACUAAUAUUA